AAAGAAGGCGCAGCAGAGCCAAGGCAGGAGCAGCCGCUGCUGAGAUGGACAGGCCUGGCACAGCCAUAGCCCUGGCCGUCAUCAUCUGGGCCACAACCGUUCAAGGCUUCAGUAUGUUCAAAGGCGGUCGCUGCCUUUGCAUCGGGCCCGGAGUGAAGGCGAUCAAAAUGGCAGCGAUCGAGAAAGCUUCCGUCAUUUACCCGAGUAACGGCUGCGACAAAGUUGAAGUGAUCGUUACCCUGAAGCCUCCUCACAAGGGACAAAGGUGCCUGGAUCCCAACUCCAAGCAAGGCCGCUUCAUAAAGCAGACAAUAGAAAAAAAGACAUUUUUAAGGCGCCAGAACAUGUGAUGUCCUGGAGGAAAAAAAAAAAAAGUGACAUCCUAAGGAGCAUCUGACUGUGAACGCAGGAACCUGACCCUCUUCUGUCUUGGAAUAUGUAUCCGUGUAUUACCAGGUUGCAGGACUUUUCUAGGAGGUCUGAUCCGUUUAAACUGUUCUGCUUGGCUAUGAAAAUAUUUAUCUCUAAGAGUCCUGUGUCUCUGUGUGCACACUCCGAGUUACCUUCUGUGGUUACAAUGGGCGCAUUGUUACUGGAGUCCAGCCCAAUGCAGGACUCAAAAGCAUCUGUGUGUGCUGUAAACCACUCCUCAAAGAAUUUUUCAUGCAAAUAAACAUUCCUUUCCCCAAAUAUCACGAGGCACAAGAACAUCUAGGAAGACAUUUCCACUUAUUAUCUUGUUUGUUCAUUUAAAGAGGCUGUCAUUCAUGAGGAGCCCUGAAGACAUUUCUGCCUUGUAGAAACUAGUAAGAACACGACUGUUUCCUGAGUUUGUCAUACUGGCUUCCCACUGAGGAGGUCUAAAGGGGUUAAGAUAUGUAUUUCCUGUACAUCUGGUUUUAUCUGUUUUUAUCAGUGACAAUAACCUGGAUAGAUUUUUUAAAAUAAAUUGGUUUUGCUGACCAGAGGAAUGUUGAAAAACAAAAAUCUGUGCACCUCUUUCUGUCUGUUUUCUGUGAGUCUGCCUUUAAGAAAAAAAUGUAAAUAUGUAAAUAUGUGCUUUGUUCCUUUCCUUUUUCAUACUGUGACUGGUGGGGAUGGCUGGCCCUGUCUCUUUUUGAAAAGAAUAAAAAUUGUGUUUCUCUA